GCUCGACCCAACCAUGCUGGGAGCCAUCUGUCUCGUCGUGCUGCUGGGCUACGCCUACGGAUGCGGUCAGCCGGCCGUGCCACCACAGCUGAGCUCCCGUGUGGUGGGCGGUGAAGACGCUGUAGCCCACAGCUGGCCAUGGCAGAUCUCACUGCAGUACAGCCGCUCUGGAUCCUGGAGCCACACUUGUGGUGGGACCCUCAUUGCUCCCCAGUGGGUGCUGACAGCUGCCCACUGCAUCAGCUCUUCAAAGACCUAUCGUGUGGUGCUGGGCAAGCAGAACCUGUCAGAGGAUGACGAGCCUGGUUCUGUGGCCGUGGCUGUGGAGAAGACAAUUGUCCACGAGAAAUGGAACUCUAUCCUUAUCACCUGUAGCAACGACAUUGCCCUGGUCAAGCUGGCAGAGGAGGUGCAGGAGACUGACACCGUCCGUGCCGCCUGCCUGCCGGCUGCUGGCAAGAUCCUGUCCAACAACUACCCCUGCUAUGUCACCGGCUGGGGACGCGUCAGGACCAACGGGCCCCUGGCUGAUGCCCUGCAGCAGGCUCUGCUGCCUGUGGUGGAUUAUGAGACCUGCUCCAAGUGGGACUGGUGGGGCAGCACUGUAAAGAAGACCAUGGUGUGCGCCGGCGGCGACGGCAUCGUCUCUGGAUGCAACGGUGAUUCUGGGGGCCCCCUGAACUGCCAGCGCGAAGAUGGGAUCUGGGAGGUCGAGGGCAUCGUCAGCUUCGGCUCCGGCCUGAAAUGCAACAUGAAAAACAAGCCGACAGUCUUCACCCGGGUGUCUGCCUACAUUGACUGGAUCAACGAGAAAAUGAGCGCGAACUGAGGACACAUGGAGCAUGGAGCACAAGUACUGACUGUGAUAAAAGCAAUAGUGCUAA